AUGCGUUCACCGCCGUCGACUCGUUGCGACGACGAGAACAUGGACCUGGAUGCGAGCGGAGCUGCCCUCCCGACGGGGGAUCCACCGUAUCAUGCUUCUGCCGUUCGUCCGUCGUCACUCACUACCGAGUCGGUCGUCUCGGUCCAGAACUGCCGCUGGCCGCCCUUCUGGAAAAGCAACCCAGAGCUCUGGUUCCUGCAGGUCGAGGCCGUGUUCCAGGCCUUACGGGUUCGUACAGAUGAAACCAAAUACAGCCUCGCUGUCUCACUGCUCGACCCCUACACGCUGCAGGAAUUGUCCGACGUCAUCAGGUCACCGCCUUCCGACGGGAAAUAUGAUCAUUUAAAGGCCACGAUCCUGAGCCGUUUCUCGGACUCGACGGAUCGCCAAUUGCUCCGCCUUCUCACUCAGCUUGAACUAGGCGACCGGAAGCCUUCACAGCUCCUGCGCCAAAUGCGCACGUUGGCCGGUAGCAGAGUCUCCGACGACGUUGUGCGGGUCAAAUGGUUGGACCUUCUACCUGUCGGAAUGCAGCGCAUCCUUAAGGUCCUCAAAUCGCACGACCUGGAAGAACUGGCUGCCGCCGCAGAUGAGCUAUUGGGAAGCGGGCCUGGUUUCUCAAUUACAGAAACACACGCCUCACCAAAUGUUUGCGCUUCGUGCUCGUCACCUCGGACACCGCAGUCACCGCCUCAACCUGACGUCGCCGCUGAGCUGUCGGCCAUCCGACAGGCGCUUGCACAGCUCACUUCAUCCCAACACGACGUACUUCUCCGGCUGGACACAAUGAUUUCUCACGAGGCCUCACGUUCCUCGUCGCGAGGGCGUCCCGAAGCCGCGCGCUCGGUCGCCGUCCGUAGGACAGCGGCCAGGGUGGUGCUACCACCACCGUCGCUGGGGAACUGA